AUGGAAGAAGUUCAAAACCCAACUCUCACGAUCACCCAACUCUGUGGUAACUCUACCUGUUGUCCAGAUGCACUCUACCGUUUGCUACGUGCAUUGUCCUCCAUUGGUAUCUUUAGAGAUACCGAUACUCGUAACUUGACUAGCACCAUUCGUAGCGGUCACUCCAACUUGAGCUUACUCAUUGGAAAACCAAGUAUUUGGGAGUAUCUAAUUGACCAUCACGAUGUUGCCAAAUGUCUUUUCAACAUACUCUCUAUCUAUGCUAUUAAUUUCGCAUCGACUCUUCUUGAAAUGAGUGACUUUCACGCAGACAAGUUUGAAUCGAUCGUUGCUAUUGGUGGUAGUCAAGGUGUACUGUUGAAUAGUAUUCUCAAAUCCCGUGGUGGUGGUUCUACCUGCAAAAAAGCAAUCAACUAUGAUCUUCCUGUGAUUUUCGAACUAUUAAAACAAGAUGAACAAGCUGAUUACAUCAAAGAGAAGCUAUCAGAAGCUGAUAUCUUUGUAGUACAACACUGGCCAAUUACAACGAUGAAAUUCUUGGGAUUAGGUGCCAAGUUUAAUAAAACAAAGUUUCAAAAAGAUGUUAAUUUAUUUAAGGGAAAUAAAUUGAUGGAUUUAGAUAAAAAUCAACAAAAUACAACACUAUCUUUCUUUAAUAAAAAUAACACAGCCAAAACCGAUGAUAAAAAGAAAGUUAAAGAUGAACCAAAAGUAAAAGUCGAGAAAAAAGAAGAACAACAACCAAAAGAGAAUAAGAAUAGUAAAAAGAGAUCAAUUAAUCAAGUUGAAGAGGAAGAAGAAGAAAAGAUAGUAGUUAAGAAAGAAGAAGAAGAGGAUGAAGUAGCAGAGGAAGAAGAUAACGAGAAUGAUGAUGAUGAAGAGGUAGAAGAUUUUGUUGAGGAAAGUGAUGAGGAAGAUAAAGAGAAGGAAAGUGAUGAUGAUGAAGAAGAAGAAGAAGAAGAAGAUGUUAGUUUAUUUAAAAAGAAAUAUGUACCACCUGAAGAAUAUCUAGAUGAAGAAGAGGAGGAGGAAGAAGAAGAAGAAGAAGAGGAACAAUCAACAAAAGAACAACAAGAAAGAAAUCUGAGAAAUAGAAUGAGAAUCAAAGUGAAGGGAACAGACAUACCGGAACCAAUCGAAUACUUUAAGGAACUCGAUGGUGAGCCAUAUAGUCUAAAGAACUAUCUCUCGAGAAACAUUGCAUCGAUGGGAUAUUCACAGCCAUCACCCAUUCAGAUGCAAGCUAUACCAGCGAUUUUGAAGGAACGUGAAGUGAUUGCUUGUGCACCAACUGGUUCCGGUAAGACAGCUGCAUUUACCAUACCUAUACUUCAUACUUUGAAUAAACCACAGAAAGUAGGAUUCAGAGCAGUCAUUAUCUCACCGACACGUGAGUUGGCACAACAAAUCUACAGACAAUUCAGAUUGUUCUCCAAAGGCAAACCAUUCAGAAUUUGUGUACUCACAAAAGGAUUGUCUCAAUCCAACAAAGCAGAACCAUUUUCAAAGACUUUUGAUAUUUUAAUUACAACACCUUUAAGAUUGGUACAUUUAAUUAAAGAAGAGAAUGUUAAUUUAAAUAAGGUUGAACAUUUAGUAUUUGACGAAGCAGAUAAGUUGUUUGAUCAACAAUUCGUUGAGCAAGUUGAUGAUGUUGUUAAUGCUUGUAAGAACAAAAAGUUAAAGAUCUCAUUGUUUAGUGCAACUAUGAAUAACUUGGUAGAGGAUAUGGCUCGUUCAAUCAUGAACAAUCCAAUUAAGAUUGUUAUUGGUCAAGAAAACUCUGCAUCAACCAAUGUCGAUCAAAAGUUAAUAUUUGUAGGAAAGGAAGAAGGAAAGUUGUUGGCAGUCAGACAGUUGUUCCAGAAGGGAUUAGAACCACCAGUACUCAUUUUCGUACAAUCGAAAGAGAGAGCACAAGAGUUGUUCCAAGAGUUGAUCUUUGACAAUAUCAAUGUCGAUGUGAUUCACUCGGAUCGUACACAGUUCCAACGUGAUAAGAUCGUAGAGAAGUUCCGUACCGGUAAGAUCUGGGUGUUGAUCUGUACUGAGCUGAUGGCUCGUGGUAUGGAUUUCAAGGGUGUCAACUAUGUUAUCAAUUUCGACUUUCCAAAGACCGUUGCUAGUUAUGUUCAUCGUAUCGGUCGUACUGGUAGAGCUGGUCGUACCGGUGUUGCUUACACUCUCUACACUGAGGCAGACGCACCUAUGUUACCAUCGAUCGCCAACGUCAUUAGAAACUCUGGCUCUGAAGUACCCGAGUGGAUGCAUACCAUCAAGGUGAAGAGACAAGACAAGCAUAACUACAAGAAGCGUGGUGUCGAAAGAGAAUCAAUCUCCACCAUACCAAAGAGCGAAAGAUGGAAAGUAAUCAACAGAUCAUCAUCAAAGAAAUCACAUUACGAUAAGAAAGAAAAGUUAAAUAAUAAUAAUAACAACAAUCAAAAUAAUAAAAAAGAUAAUAAUAAUCAUAAAAACAAUAAGAAAGAUAAUAAUAACAAUAACAAUCAUAAUAAUAAUAAGAAAGAUAAGAAAGAAAAUAACAAUAAUAACAACAAUAAUAAUAAUAAUAACAAACAAAAACAACAACCAAAACCAACAGUAUCAAAACAAACUCAACCAUUUAAAAAACAAAAGAAAUAA